AACGCUAGUUCUCCCCCUUUAACGUGUAUCCACAAUCCUUUGUAGGACCUCUUUCUCUCUCAACACUUGCUAUGUUAUUUUGAUGUGUACGGUUUUUCAGAAAAACUUGAUGCAUGGCUAGGGCAUACCCACCACACCGUUUGCAACAAACAUCCAACGGGUGGAAGCAGAACUUCAAUGUUUCUCGUGUCCUUGAAGAAACCAUGGCUAACGUUGUUAGUAUUAAUGACUCUGCAAUUUCCUAUCCCAAUAUUGUGUGUCAGCCAUCACAAGAUUAUCACCCUGGCAUCUUUUAUGGUGAAAAUCCUCUGCUUCACUCCUUCUCAGGAUUAAUGUUCAAUCUCGUUCUCAUCACCACCAUCACUCGCAUUGGUGGAGUCAUUGUUGGACCUUCCUUUUUGGGACGCAAUAGAUGGUACCAGCGUCACAUGAUAACGGACUCAACCAAAUUCUUGAUGAACAAUCUUGGAGUAAUGGGAUUCAUGUUCUUUCUUUUCAUUUAUGGAGUGAAGAUGGAUCCGAGCCUUUUGAAAAAAUCAGGUAGAUUUCAUGUGUCUACGGCAUUGUUUGGUAUAACCAUUCCCUCAUUUGUAGUGUUUAUUGUGGCACUAUACAUGAGAAAGAACAUGGACAACGAAUUAUCAAAGAUUUCUUCAAUAGGAGUGCUUUCAGGGUACUUGGGAAUCACAGCAUUCCCUGUUCUCUACCAUAUACUUCAAGAGCUUAACCUUCUAAACUCGGAAAUGGGUCGAAUGGCAUUGUCCGUGGCAUUGAUUGGUGAUGCAUUUGGUGUGGGUUUGGUUGUAGCAUUUGAGGCUGGAAGCCAAGGAGAAUCAAAAACACAGAAUGCUUUGUGGUAUAUGGUUACUCUUGUGGCCUUGGCAUUGUUCAUUUUGUUUUGUGUUAGGCCUGCAAUGAUGUGGAUUAAUAACAAAACCCCAGAGGGGCACCCAGUGAAUCAAACUUUUGUGGUUGCAAUUUUCCUUGGGGUUUUUGUGAUGGGCUUCAUAACUGACAUGUUUGGUAUGGCAAUUGCUAAUGGGCCGUUGUGGUUGGGCCUAGCUGUUCCAGAUGGGCCUCGUUUAGGAGCAACACUAAUAGAAAGGAGCAACACAAUUAUGACAGAUUUCCUUCUGCCAUUCUCAUUCUUUUUGGUGGGAUCAUAUACUGAUUUUUAUGCCAUGAGUGCUUCUUCUUGGUCCAGUUUGGCACCAUUGUUUGUCAUGGUUUUACUUGGCUACUUGAUCAAAUUCUUUGCUACUUGGAUUGCUCUAUUUUAUUGGCGAAUGCCACUCAGAGAUGGACUAACCCUUAGCCUCAUUAUGAGUUUGAGAGGCCAACUUGAACUUAUGUUGUUUGUGCAUUUGAUAGACAAAAGGGUCUUAAAGGUGCCAGGCUUCACAUUAUUGUUGCUUAUGACAACAGUAUUGACUGCAACUUUCACUCCUUUGAUCUCCACAUUAUAUGAUCCAACAAGGCCAUACAUGGUGAACCAAAGAAGAAACAUCCAACACAACCCUCCAACCCAAGAACUUAGAAUAGUGCUAUGUAUUCUAGACACUGAAACCAUAAAUAGUCUCAUCCAUCUAGUUGAUAUCUCCAAUCCAACCUCAAACAGCCCCCUCUCAGUUUCUGCUCUUAGACUAAUAGAACUUGUAGGUCGAGCUAGCCCUUUGUUCAUAGAUCAUGAAAAACAAGAACUACCUCACAUUUACCAUUGGACACACACCAUGAACGCCCUUGAACAUUAUAAAAAAUUUAAAGGGGUGUUUGUGAAGCUCCGUUUUUUCACAGCUGUGGCUCCAAAGCAAACAAUGUUCCAAGACACAUGUGAGCUUGCUCUUGAACAAGAAGCUUCUUUAAUUAUCUUACCUUUCAAUAGGGGAGCUAUUUACAAUCACGGAGUAAGAGCAGUGAAUUCAAAAAUCUUGAAUCAUGCACCUUGCUCAGUUGCAAUUCUUGUUAACAAGGGUCUUCUUGAAAUCAACACCUUGGGAAAUUCCUUUCGCCAUUCUGCUGGAAACCGUUUUGCUGUGUUGUUUCUUGGUGGUGCAGAUGCUAGAGAGGCUCUUGUUUAUGCUGACAGGAUGCUUGCUAACACUGACCAAGAAGUGAACCUCACAGUUAUAAGGUUUCUCUCUCACAACUAUAUAGGGGACAAUGAAAUGGAGAAGAAGCUUGAUGAUGGAAUAGUGACAUGGUUUUGGGUUAAGAAUGAGGCCAAUCAAAGAAUGACUUAUAGAGAGGUGGUUGUUAGAAAUGGAGAAGAAACAAUUAGUGCAAUUCAAUCUAUGAACGAUGGUGCUUAUGAUCUUUGGAUAGUUGGAAGGAAACAAGGGAUAAAUGCUGUUCUUCUUACUGGGUUGUCAGAAUGGAAUGUUGAAAGUGAAGAUUUGGGAGUCAUAGGAGAGUAUGUUUCCUCUGAAGAUUUUCCUGGCACAGCUUCAGUUUUAGUGGUGCAACAACAAAUUUUAAGAGGCUAAAAUUGGCCUCUACCAUUGCAUGCAUGAUGAUCUCAAAGCCUAAUUUUCCCAGUAGAAAGUUGUUAACUUAGCAUUAAGAGUUGAGAUAUUAAGUUUCCCAAUAGAUAGCCAAAUUAACUUGAUUACGUGUGAAUAUUUAAGAACUAGUAUUUAGAUGGAGACAAGUUUAAUUAGUGUUCUUUAGAAAAGAGUAGAUAAUGUAGUUGUGACCCUGUAAAGCUGAGUUAUGUAUCUCUCUUACUUCAUAAUCAUAGGUUAGGAGAUAAAUGUUUCUUUUUUAUCUGGUUACGAGUAAAUAUUCUCUCUCUUAUUACAGAAUCAAAAUUCGAGAGACGAUUAAACAAGAUUAACCGUUGUUUAAUGCCUUUAUAUAAAACAUAUAUUAUAAUAUUUUUAAUUUAAGACGAUUAAGAAUAAAAAAAAAAUAUAUAAAAUGAGUAAGCAUUGUCUUCCUCUUUAUUUUUCUAUUAAACUUUUAACAUCAUUGAAAUCAAACAAGUGAGGGAGAGAAGUGAGAGCAAGUAGAACGUUGAUUUUUUUGAGGGAGUUAAAUAUAAGGGAAAGUAUAAAUAAUUAGCAAC